AUGUUGCAUCGAAAAGAAACUCCGUUCAAAUCGGUGCCCGUAUCUAGGGUUUCCUCAUCACAACGAUUGAACCAGUUGGGCUCAAAUCCUCAUCCAUCCAUACCGACAACUCCUGUGCAUGUUUCAUCAUCUUUGAAUCCCAUACGGAACUUGCCAGUCAACCCCGGUAACUACAGGAGCAAGAUCACCAAUCGAGAUGAAUUGAAAAGAUUUGAAGAGUUACCAAUCGUGCAUCAAGUGACCGAGUUCGAAAGACUCCUCGGCGAGUUAUCCUCUAGCAUCUCCUCGUUCAAGGAUGACGGCUUGGUCAAGAAUGUGGAGAGCAUGAUACAUGUCAAUGAAGAUUUAAAGGCUAAAAUUGCUGACCUUCAGAGCCACCGUGAAUUGGGAAAGCAAAUAGAGAAGUUGAAUCAAGAAAACAUUAGUCUUGAAGCAAAGUCUAAGCACAUUUUGAAGGAGUUGAUAUCGUACAGAAGUAGCCUUAAGGAAUUGCCAAGGCGACCAGCUUCCAAGAAGGUGGUUGCGAAUGAUGUGGAUGUAUCUGAGGUCUUGAAGUAUGCAAUGAAGUUGGCAAAAUUCACAAAGGCACCUGUCGCAAAUGCCCAGUUCACAGUACACCCCAAUAACUAUGUGUGGCCAGCUGAAGAUGCCUUGAGAAGGGGGAUGUUGGCAGCUAGCUCGUUGCAAGAAGAUGCAAUAAUCAAAAAUGAAUUGGGUGAAGAAGAUGUGGAGAUGGCGAAGGAAGUAGUUGCCAAGGAGGAGGCUAAGGAGGAAGACAAGGCACAAGAGAGAGAGGAAGAAAAGCCAGGUCGCAGAUCUUCAUUUGGGGAUUAUGGCGCCCAAGAAGCAGAGCAGCCAAAGCAAGAAGAGUCCGGUGGCCUCGAUUUGGACUUGUUCGACCCAGAUGACGAAUUCUCGGACUGAGCAAGUCAAUAACUACAUACUUAGCAGGAAUGGUUGGAUUAAGAUCAUUAUGAUCAAUUUCCAAAGUAUAUUUUAAGUAUCCACCAGUUAUAUGUUUAUAGGAUGAGCUAAUUACAGGUAAUUUUGACGUGAAUUGA